UCAGCACAGUCGGUCCGCGUAAACAAAGGCUCCACCGCCGCCGCGUUACGAAAAGUAACCCGUGUCCACUGUCCACCGUCUAAUCCCGAGGGAACGAAAUAGCUUUACAAACGCGUAGAACCGUUGUCGUCCCGGUGUGUUUGCGGGACAGGAGCAGCUACGACUUUUCCCAUGCCGCAGUGUAACGUAUUAUCCGCGUACGCGUCGCCGCCGCCGCCGCCGCCACAUAAUCAUCGCGCGCGCGUGUGUGCAUGUGUGUGAGUGUGUGCCUGUGUACGUGUGCGUGUGUUCCGUACAAUUCGGUUGUGUUCAGUGUUGUUUAUCGCCGACUGGAUACUAACGUCUUGUCUCGCGUUCCGGCCGUAACCCGUUCAGAGAGCCGUGUGCCCACCGAGCCAUAUCCACCGGCGCCGACGACAUGGGACGCGAUCGCCGCACCGUCAACGCCACUGCGGCCGACCAUUGACCGGCGUUUCGUCGUCACCGCCGACGAUUUCUCGGGGUUUAACACUUUUUGAAGUAUAUUGUACAAAAUGUCUAAGGCAUGCAGGAUGUUGAAUCUGGACGAGGAUGGAUCUUCUACUCCAAAUACAGCAAUAAUUAAAUUAGAUCAAAAUAUGACAACUUUCUUAACACCAUCACCAUAUCAUUUACUAGAUCAUGAAUAUGGCAUGACACCACAAAAUCAAAUCAUUCCAAAUCCUCUUACAUCACCAUUAACAAAGUCACAAGGUGUAAAACGAAGAUUAAAUUUAGAGUCACUCAAUUUUGGAUAUGACGAUGUUACACCUUCAACAGCUAAGCUUAUGAGAAAAUGGUCCAGUUCAAGUGCUGGUAGUGAACCCAGUCCUGCUCAAAAUGUAGCAGGAAAGAAGUGUUCUGAACGUCCAACACGUUAUGAUACCUCUUUGGGCUUAUUGACCAAAAAAUUUAUUGGUCUGCUUGAAAAUUCUACAGAUGGUGUUGUUGAUUUAAAUAUAGCAUCAGAAAAGUUGGAUGUACAAAAACGAAGAAUAUAUGACAUAACCAAUGUUCUAGAAGGUAUUGGAAUUUUGGAAAAAAAAUCCAAAAAUAAUAUUCAAUGGAAGGGUGGAAAUGCAUUUGGGUCUGACAAAAAUAAUGUUCAACAGGACUUAGAAAAAAUGAAAGCCAAAGAAGAAGAAUUAGAUAAUUUGAUUUUAAAUACUGAACGAGAUAUAAAACAACUGACAGAAGAUAAAAGAUUUGGAUAUGUUACUUAUCAAGAUAUUAGGUCAAUUGAAUCAUUUAGACAAAAGACUGUUUUGGUUGUUAAAGCCCCUCCAGAAACUGAAUUACAAGUACCUCAAGAUCACACUGAUGGAGAUCAAAAGAUGUAUAUGAAAAGUAACACUGGUGAAAUAGAGGUGUUCUUAUGCCCAGAGUAUAAUACCAAUACAAUUUUACACCAACCACAAAGCCAGUUAAGGCCGUAUACAUCUCAGGGGGCCAAUAAUUCAACAAUUGGCAAUACGGUUAUAAAAUCGCCUCAAAAAUCUUCAGUUAUUCAACAGUCACCAACAUAUUUGUCACACAAAUAUAAGAUGGAAAACAUCAAGGAAUCUGAAACUGUAGAAAAUGUAGAGAAUACAACAAUAAGAAAAUUCAAGGAAGAGCCAUUGGAUGAUCAGCAGUAUAUACCUAGUACAAGUGGUUCCGCCAAAGAUACAUUUGAGAUAUCUUGUGAACCUUUCUUGAUGCUUGAACCUCCAAACGAAGAUGACUACAACUACUGUCUGGACUCAGAUGAGGGUCUUGGUGACUUGUUUGGCUUCAGGUUAUAAAUAGGUUAAUACAAUUAUUCUUAGUAUAUAUAUAAAUGUGUGUUUAUUUUUUUUUGCUAAUUGUAAAUCCCUUCGUUUUCCCCCUUGUAUAACAAUUCUUUUAUUUACUUACCAUUUGGUAUAUCUAUUUAAUUAAACAAUUUUUUAUUUCAUAUUUUUUUAAACAAAAUUUUAAUUUAUCCCAAGUUAAAUUUUCUUGAAUAACUAUUAUUUAAAAACCAUUAAUUUUACUAUGUAUUAUGUUUUUAUUUUAGUUUCCAAUCUAUUUUUUAUUUUUUGGACAUACAAUUAUUUUGAUAUCAAGGUACAAAAAUAAGUAUUUUCGAGUAUCGUUGUAUAUUUGAAAUUAAAAAUUCGGUUAUGAAAAUGUGUUCAAAUUAUUAUUUAUUUUGUUUUAACCAAUUUUAUUUCUGUUUAUGUCCUUUUCGUUAAUGUGCAAUUUUUGGUCGUUUAUUUACUAGUAAUUUGUUACUAUGCUAAAUAUGCGCUAUUUUUAAAAGAGACAAAAUUAUAUUUUAUGCUAUUUAGUGCCUUUUAUUUGUUAAAAAUAAAUUUUGAGCUUUCCCUUAAAACAAAACUGUUGUACAAGGAAUGGGUAUGCUCGCCAUUCAGAACUGAAACACACCUUGUGUAUUAUAAAAUCAUCAAUUUCUGUAUAUUAAAAUGUCUAAAAUAUAAAUUGUAUAUUUUAUUACUUUUAGAUUUAGAAUUUACCUAUAGUGAUUAAGUGAAAAUUAGAAUUAAUAUUCCAAAAUUAAUUAUGUAAAUUUACCUUUAUGUAAGUACUCAAAUUUGUUUUUUUUUUAUACACUUGUAUAUUGAGACAAUGUAUUUUUUCCUCUUCAUGAUCUAUACCCAAUCCGGCGAUCUCAAUCGAUUGAUACACUACAUUAUACCUGAUGUCCAUUUUGGAUUAAAAUUUAUUUUAACACUACAAGUUGUUGGUUACUCAACAUAUACAAAUGUGUAGUGUGUGUUGUUACAAACCUAUUUGGUCUGAACUCUGAAGGUCUUUGUAUGUGUAUUCCUACCACGUAUAUUUACCGCGAUAAUGUUCUUACAUAGAUGUGAAAUUUAGUUCAAGAUCAACCAAUUUUAUAAUUUGCAUACAAAUUUUUUUGAAUGAAUUAAUCUUAUCGAUAUUUAACAUUAAAAAAAUACUGUGUAUAUCAGUGACGACUCCUAAAUUUGAAACUCUGUGGCGAACCUAAAUAAUCAGGGUAUUGUAACCACCAAUAAGAGUCCUCCCGCCAGCUGAGAAUUGCUGAUAUACAUCAUCAGUUUCUAGUUUACUUUUUAAGUAGUUUUAAUAUAGUAUAUUAUCUCUUGUGCUAUCAAUGACAAUUUGGUUUAGCAUUCAGUAAGAUUAGUGAAUUGGUUUCUGUAUUAAUCAAAUGUUCGUCCAAUUGCAUUUUACCAUGCACUUUUAGCUCAUUAAGUACCUAUCAAUUGCUUUAAUGUAAAUUUCACAAUCUUCUUGAGUCUUAUUGUUAAAUAUAUUUUCCACAGGUCGGUAAUUUUUGAAAUACAUUUGAAUGAAAAUUUUCAGAUAAAUAUCUACCUUAAAUCUGAAACUCACCUUUUGUUUUGGUAUUUUUCUUCUUUAUUAUUAUUAUUAUUAUUAUUAUUAUUAUUUUUUUUUUUUUUUAGGACAACAUGCCAAUGUAAUUUAUAUAUUUAUUAUUAUUAUUUUAGUUUAAUUAUUAAUAUACAAUAGACAUUUUUGA